AACAAAGUCUCAGAAUGUCUGAAAACUGGAAACAGGAAGAACUUUGCGAAUGAACUGGAGGUAAAGCUUAGAGAUUUGGAGUAUACAAGAGUCGUGUUACAGAAAGAGUUAAAUACUGUGUCUGUAAAGUGCAGCAGUGAAAGGGAACCAAUAUUAAAUGGUGUACAUUCAUUUGAGAGGAAUGCAGAUGAGGUGAAACUGAACGAGAAAUCCUCUCACACAGAUGAAAUCUCACCGCAAGAGAAAGACGGAUGUGGGAAUUCUAGAAAGGUGGAAGUGAAGCUUGAAAAUGAGAAUAGGUCACAUUUUGAACUUGAACAGUACGGGAAACAAAGAAAGGACAAACCGGAUAAAACAUCAUGUCCAAUGCCUUUGGCUAACAAAAAUGAUGAGUUGGCCAGUGUAGAAAAACUGAUUCAAGACUAUAAAAGCCUUCUAAAGCAGGUCACUUGUUACCCAACUAGAAAGCUUAGAGACUCUGAAUACUCCCCUUAUGAACCUGAUGACCUCCCUCAGUCUUUUGACCUCGACCUGGACAGUCAGUUUUCCGGGCCAAUGCUAGAAUGCAGUGUUUUUACUUAUACAAACACACCCUCACAAACUCUGCAGCAGAUUAACUCCACGUCAUCCAGCCGAUUUGACAAGCGUCUGAAAACUCUCGAGGAAUUGUGUGAUGACUACUUCUACCAACAAGCACUGCAGCAACUGUACUCUAUCGAGAGAACGUUCAGAGGUGACGCCUGCUAUCUCUACACUCAACAACUCUGCCGAAAUCUCCUCCGCAACCUCAAAUCUACUAAUUUCUUGUUUGAGGAUCUGUGCGACCUGAACGAUGAUGUAGGGUUACAGAUUGGGCAAAGCACAAUCCAGCAAACAUCCUUUCUUCCUGCACCCUCAUUUCUAAGUGGACCGGUCAGUCUUGAGUCAUACGCAUCUUGUGUUGAAAUGGUGCCAAUAAAACUUGAGUUGGGUGGAUCCAGCCAAUCUCAAGUUCAACAUAGCACUUUAAAUACACCUUCAGAGGACAACCGACCCCAAGUAGCAGACAAAUCCCCAGCAGAGGUUGAGAUGAAAGAUGAGAUCAUUUCAGCUCCAGAUUGUCAAGGAAAUGUGGAAAGUGUCUCGAAUUUGAUGAAAACCAGUAUUAGUAGUGGAGACAGUAUUGAGGUGUUGGGAACAGAGAGGUCAUUUAGAUCCCAGGGGGCAAAUACGCCAGUGGAAACAGCAAUGCACAGACCUCCACCUUUGUCUAGUGCCACUGCACUGGAAGGUCUAAAGCAAGGAAGGGUGCCUACCAGACGAACAUGCAGUGAAGACAGCAUUGAGGUGCUUUGCAUAACAGAAUCCAUCUUACCUGAUGAACUGCGUGCCUCAUACCCCUGCGCAAUUGAUGAAGAAAGCCCAGAGCAAGAGACUGAUGAGAAAAACUCGUCUCAAUAUCAAGAAGACAACAAUGAAAAGAGUAUAUAUGUUCAGGGAAAGAUCUCUGCAGAUCAUGAAAAUGCAUGUUUGAAAAAGCUACAUCCAUCAGUCACUGUAACCCCACCAGACUGCCCUUUGACUCUAGAAGAAACAAGCUUUCAAGACUCUUGUCAAGCAACAGAAUCAGCCACUAUGUUGUUGUUAGAUGAGCCCAGCCGGAUGGUACCUGACGAUUUAUCAGACUGCUUCAGCUAUCGGAGCACCACUGCAUCCACGACCUCCGAAUGCACUUUCCCUGCGUGUCUUCCCAAGGACAAAAGAGAAGGUGGGACCAGACGGAGACGAGGCAGAGUAGGAAGAGCAGCACUUCAGUUCAUGCGGCAGUUUCCCUUUGCAGUGCAUGCAGUGUUUAGCCUUCUAAGUGGCCGAACAUUGGUGGUACUAGGAAGUGAGGAGGCUGCUGUGAGACGACUAGUUACAGCACUGUCCGUGUACCUGCCACAUCUGACUAAAUACAAAGACAGCAUCCAGCCUUGGACUUCAACACCACUGCAGCUUACGGACCUGCUCAACUGGAAACUCAUUGGUUUUGACAGGAUGUGCAGUUUUAAUCCCUCAAGUCUGCCUCACUGCCUGGACCAUUACAGCCGGUACCUCAGUAUCCUAGAUGUAGAUCAAAAAACCCUGCACUGCCCGACCUACAGUGGUUCUCUCAUCAACCUGCUGGUGGAACCCAAGAGCCACUUUAAACGUGGAAACACCUACUUCACAUUCGCUCAAAGUGUGCAAAGCAAGCUCGUCACCAAAGCAUUCCUCUUAACAUUCUCACAUGGUCACCCUUCACCCAGCAGGCCCCAGGGAAGCUCAGGGACAGAAUGUUUUCUUUCUGAACUUCACACUGAUGACAAGAAAAUCCUUCGCUAUUUAUCUGAACUCAUCAAACUGCACUUCAUGGAGGUUACUCCCAAUGUGCUCCUAUUCAGCUACACCACAACAUCCAUCUUCAAACUGUGAAAGUCAUUCACAAAAACUACUCAAAGAUUUGUGCAAUGUAGUGUUGUAAUACUUGGCUUUGACUGCAGACACAAAGCUGUGUUGCUCAGCUUUAACAUUAUAUUUACAGUUUCUGCAUGUUGUGAUAUCUUGUUUACAAAAGGCACUUAUACAGUAAUUAUGGCUUAAUUGCUUGUGAAAAGUUCCCUGAGAAUUGCAAUCAUUCACAAGCUUAAAUGAGCUACUGUAUAACAAAGCAAUAUUGAACAGCUCUGUAUCAGUUGCAUUUGAAUCUUAACUAUUUAUUUACAAUACCACUAAUGUUUAAAGACUUGAAACUCUGUUUGCUGAAUAUAACUGUGCAAAUAACAAAAUCAGCCUUAUUAAAAAGUAUAAGAAAUAAAAAAUUGAUCUUAACUACAA